AGGGUGGCAAGACUAAAUGCAAAUGAACGAAGAGGAAACUGUCAGCUGCACUGUGGUUCAACCAAUAGGAGCACAGCUCCAUCUUGGCUGUGCACUAGACUGCAUUACACACAGACGAUACCAUCGCUUCAACAGCAGCCUUUCAGCAAGAGCCACUACUUCCUGAUUCAGAUCACCUGUCCUGGAAGUUUAAAGGAGAGGAAACGAGAGACAGAAAUACACUGAACUAAGCAGAGUCAAACAAGCGACAUAAGAAGUGCUAUCUCUUUAAGAAUGGCCUCCCUGAGCUCCAGCCUCUGGAAUGAAACAACUACAUCUGUUUAUCAGUACCUUGGUUUUCAAGUUCAAAAAAUUUACCCUUUCCAUGAUAACUGGAACACUGCCUGCUUUGUUAUUCUGCUUUUAUUUAUAUUUACAGUGGUCUCUUUAGUAGUGCUGGCUUUCCUUUAUGAAGUGCUUAACUGUUGCUGCUGUGUGAAAAACAAAACUGUGAAAGACCUGAGAAGUGAACCGAACCCCCUCAGAAGUAUGAUGGACAACAUCAGAAAACGUGAAACUGAAGUAGUCUAGCUUCAAAAACAGCCUUCAACCACUGAGAAAAAA